CUCGUUCCUAACCGACACGUCCCGAUAACACGAACCGCUGCGGGGAUCUGAGGCUCUGCAGCGAAGUACUUACACAGGUCGACCCGUUGUUUGAGUCGCGAGCCGCCGGACUCCCAGAGCGUUGCGUCAGCCGCAGGACACAGCUCCGACAUGUCAAUGGGACCACUCCUCUGACGUGAAUCGAUAACGUGAUCAAAUGUAACAUUUCUAACUUUUUUCUUUUUUCGGUGGAUUCACACAACUAAUCAUGGUACUGUGUGGCACCAAGGUGCCGCGCUUCUUGGGGCCCAACGUGUACCCAGAGGCUCCCGAUGGAGGCUGGGGAUGGACGGUGGCUGUGGCCUUCUUCGUGGUGGAGGUUUUCACCUACGGUACCAUCAAGAGCUUCGGCAUCUUCCUCCAGGACCUGAUGGAGGAGUUCGGGGAGACCAACAGUCGAGUCUCCUGGAUUGUCUCCAUCUGCGUCUUUGUCAUGGCCUUCAAUGGUCCUCUUUCGUCUGUGUUGACGAACCGCUUAGGCUUCCAAGCCGUCGUCAUGAUUGGAGGAUUGCUCAUUUCCGUGGGUACCAUUGCCACCAGCUUCACCAGCUCCAUCAACCAAAUGUACUUGACGUAUGGUUUAGUUGCAGGUCUGGGCUACUGUCUGACCUUCUUGCCCACUGUGACCCUCCUGUCCCAGUACUUUUCACGUCGACGGUCUCUGGUCAUAGCUGUAGCGUCCACAGGAGAGUCCCUGUCCAUGUUUGCCCUGGCGCCAGCCUUUUCUGCACUGAAGGACCGAAUUGGCUGGCGACACACCAUGGUAGUGAUCGGAGCGUUGCAAAGCACCAUCAUUAUCUGCGGUGUUUUUCUUCGGCCAAUCAUUAUUCAGCCCGGAGCGUCCCACAAGAAAGAGACUGACGGAGCAGCCCCAAAGGAACUGGAAGUCCUCAGCGAUAAGGAGAUCGCGGAGGGCACAAACCCAGAGGACUCCAUAACAACCAAGAUCUCACAUGCAACAAGUGCUUCGUACAGUCUGGACAAGGAGUUGACAGGAGGCUCCGUAAGCACCGGAGACUCCGGUGUACAUUGUAUUGAAUCUCUGUUUGGUGGAGAUAACGGCAGCGCAGAGGAGAAGACGUUACUGCACAAAGACGCAGGGUCCGACACAGAGAAGGAAUCUGUGGAAAACAGUGAAGCAGGGAUUAAAGAAGCUGAGGCUGAGGAGGAGAGAGACUACACAGAUCCGGAGAAACAAAGAAUGAAAGAUGAGGACGAUGAAUCGGGAGGGGAAAAGCCGCCUCCAAAGAAUUCAAAACUUCUAGAUUUCUCCAUCCUCAAAGAGUGCAACUUCAUUCUCUACUGUCUGUUCGGGCUGUUUGCCACGCUGGGCUUCUUCGCCCCUCAGCUCUACAUCAUCGAGCUGAGCAGGAGUCGGGGCGUGGAGCGGGACCGCGCCACCUACAUGCUCUCCACCAUGGCCGUGGCUGAAAUCUUGGGCCGGUUCUCCAUCGGGUGGAUCCUGAUGCGAGAGCGGUUCAGGAAGAGGAAGCUGCUGGUUCUUUUGCUGUGUGUCAUUAUGAUGACAGCAGAUCUGGUGGGAUUUACUUUGGUCACGGAGUUCUACGGGCUGGCUGUGUGCUGUGGUUUGUUCGGCUUCUUUAUGGGGACGCUAGCCUGCACCCACAUCCCCAUACUGGCAGAGGAUGAUGUCGUCGGCAUAGAGAGGAUGUCUUCGGCUGCCGGUGUCUAUGUGUUCAUACAAAGCUUCGCCGGGCUCGCGGGACCCCCACUUGCAGGUGUGCUGGUGGACGUGACUAACGACUACGGCUCGGCCUUCUACUCGUGUGCAGCCGGCAUGGCGCUGAGUUCCCUGUUCCUCGGUUUGGUAAAACCUGCUAAGAGAGGAUUCCUCUGUAGGAAGAGUACCUCAAAACCGCUUGAAGACGUAUGUGCACUCGAAGAGGAGUCAGAGGAACAGAGCGAAGAGCAAAAACGGGACAGAACUGACAGCCCUCAGGUCUGCUCUGACGCGGGGGCCAACUCUGACCACAAGGGGGCCACAGGAGACGACCAGGAGGUUAUACGAUUUGCUUGAGCCAAUAACGGUUGAUGAGGAUAAUUAAAGGGUCAAGCCAUAUCGGAAUAAAAGGCUGUUUAAAGAC